AUGGGACACCUCCACAACAGUCUCAGACCAUGGGACACCUCCACAACAGACCAUGGGACACCUCCACAACAGUCUCAGACCAUGGAACACCUCCACAACAGUCUCAGACCAUGGGACACCUCCACAACAGUCUUAGACCAUGGGACACCUCCACAACAGUCUCAGACCAUGGGACACCUCCACAACAGACCAUGGGACACCUCCACAACAGUCUCAGACCAUGGGACACCUCCACAACAGUCUCAGACCAUGGGACACCUCCACAACAGUCUCAGACCAUGGGACACCUCCACAACAGUCUCAGACCAUGGGACACCUCCACAACAGUCUCAGACCAUGGAACACCUCCACAACAGUCUCAGACCAUGGGACACCUCCACAACAGUCUCAGACCAUGGGACACCUCCACAACAGUCUCAGACCAUGGAACACCUCCACAACAGUCUCAGACCAUGGGACACCUCCACAACAGUCUCAGACCAUGGGACACCUCCACAACAGUCUCAGACCAUGGGACACCUCCACAACAGACCAUGGAACACCUCCACAACAGUCUUAGACCAUGGGACACCUCCACAACAGUCUCAGACCAUGGGACACCUCCACAACAGUCUCAGACCAUGGAACACCUCCACAACAGUCUCAGACCAUGGGACACCUCCACAACAGUCUCAGACCAUGGGACACCUCCACAACAGUCUCAGACCAUGGGACACCUCCACAACAGUCUCAGACCAUGGGACACCUCCACAACAGACCAUGGGACACCUCCACAACAGACCAUGGGACACCUCCACAACAGUCUCAGACCAUGGAACACCUCCACAACAGACCAUGGGACACCUCCACAACAGUCUCAGACCAUGGAACACCUCCACAACAGACCAUGGGACACCUCCACAACAGUCUCAGACCAUGGAACACCUCCACAACAGUCUCAGACCAUGGGACACCUCCACAACAGUCUUAGACCAUGGGACACCUCCACAACAGUCUCAGACCAUGGGACACCUCCACAACAGUCUCAGACCAUGGAACACCUCCACAACAGACCAUGGGACACCUCCACAACAGUCUCAGACCAUGGGACACCUCCACAACAGUCUCAGACCAUGGAACACCUCCACAACAGUCUCAGACCAUGGGACACCUCCACAACAGUCUCAGACCAUGGGACACCUCCACAACAGUCUCAGACCAUGGGACACCUCCACAACAGACCAUGGGACACCUCCACAACAGACCAUGGGACACCUCCACAACAGUCUCAGACCAUGGAACACCUCCACAACAGUCUUAGACCAUGGGACACCUCCACAACAGACCAUGGGACACCUCCACAACAGUCUCAGACCAUGGGACACCUCCACAACAGUCUCAGACCAUGGGACACCUCCACAACAGACCAUGGGACACCUCCACAACAGUCUCAGACCAUGGGACACCUCCACAACAGUCUUAGACCAUGGAACACCUCCACAACAGACCACAUGGAACACCUCCACAACAGACCAUGGGACACCUCCACAACAGUCUCAGACCAUGGGACACCUCCACAACAGUCUCAGACCAUGGGACACCUCCACAACAGUCUCAGACCAUGGAACACCUCCACAACAGACCAUGGAACACCUCCACAACAGACCAUGGGACACCUCCACAACAGUCUCAGACCAUGGGACACCUCCACAACAGUCUCAGACCAUGGAACACCUCCACAACAGACCAUGGAACACCUCCACAACAGACCAUGGGACACCUCCACAACAGUCUCAGACCAUGGGACACCUCCACAACAGUCUCAGACCAUGGAACACCUCCACAACAGACCAUGGGACACCUCCACAACAGUCUCAGACCAUGGGACACCUCCACAACAGUCUCAGACCAUGGGACACCUCCACAACAGUCUCAGACCAUGGAACACCUCCACAACAGUCUCAGACCAUGGAACACCUCCACAACAGUCUCAGACCAUGGGACACCUCCACAACAGUCUCAGACCAUGGGACACCUCCACAACAGUCUCAGACCAUGGAACACCUCCACAACAGUCUCAGACCAUGGGACACCUCCACAACAGUCUCAGACCAUGGGACACCUCCACAACAGUCUCAGACCAUGGAACACCUCCACAACAGUCUCAGACCAUGGGACACCUCCACAACAGUCUCAGACCAUGGAACACCUCCACAACAGUCUCAGACCAUGGGACACCUCCACAACAGUCUUAGACCAUGGGACACCUCCACAACAGUCUUAGACCAUGGGACACCUCCACAACAGUCUCAGACCAUGGGACACCUCCACAACAGUCUUAGACCAUGGGACACCUCCACAACAGUCUUAGACCAUGGAACACCUCCACAACAGACCAUGGGACACCUCCACAACAGUCUCAGACCAUGGAACACCUCCACAACAGUCUUAGACCAUGGGACACCUCCACAACAGACCAUGGGACACCUCCACAACAGUCUCAGACCAUGGGACACCUCCACAACAGUCUCAGACCAUGGGACACCUCCACAACAGUCUCAGACCAUGGAACACCUCCACAACAGACCAUGGAACACCUCCACAACAGACCAUGGGACACCUCCACAACAGUCUCAGACCAUGGAACACCUCCACAACAGUCUUAGACCAUGGGACACCUCCACAACAGACCAUGGGACACCUCCACAACAGUCUCAGACCAUGGGACACCUCCACAACAGUCUCAGACCAUGGGACACCUCCACAACAGACCAUGGGACACCUCCACAACAGUCUUAG